AUGCAAACACCAGAAGGCGAAUGGAGGCCUACAAUUUCAUCUCAGCGGCAGGACACCCCCGCCCAGAAACAAUCGACCACUCCUGAAAACAACGUGCGAACCCCCCGACAACUGCUGCCUCGUCCUCAGGACCCUUCGACAGAUGAACUAUCGUCCCUUGCUCUUGACCGAUACCAACGGCGCCAUCGUACAAACGUCACUGUAGCUUGCGAUCAGUGCAAGCUCAAGAGAGUGAAAUGCAACGGCAGGAAUCCUUGUUCACGAUGUUCGAUCAAGGCGCUGGAUUGCACUUUCGAGCAAGGUACUGACGGUCGUCGAGGACGCAAUUCCUCAUCCGAGUUGCAAACGCUGUUAGAAAGAGUCGACAGCUAUGACCGCUUCUUCCAGAUUUUGCGUAGCUCUUCAUCUGCUGAUGCUGUUCGAAUCCUCCACCACAUGAGAUCGCAACACAAGGAUAACACAUCUGAUGCAGGCUCUACCGAAGAUGCCGCUUUGUCGGCAACCCUGAGAUUCGCCGAGUCGUUGUCAUCUCAACCAGCCACUCCUAGUGGACCUCCUCCACUGUCUCCUUUAGACUGGCAACGUCACGCGACCUCUUCCGUUUCUGACACUGCCUCUGCAUCUGCAAUGUCUGACGCUGGCACUCAGAACCCCAGCAUGCGAAGUGGCACAGGCUUGGCUGAUCCGCUGCAGUCUUUCGGCGUACCGAAUCAUUUCCCCAUGUCUGGCUUCGGCAGCGCUAUUACAACAGCGAAAUAUUCUACAACCGAGAGCGAAUCUCACAUUGAUAAUGUACCGCCCAGCGGUAGCAGCGUUUCCACCACCUCACCGAAACCAAGAGAGCCUACGACAAACCCUUUUCCUUGGCUACCACGCAGCAGCACGAAUUUUCGACAGGCAAACAAAUGGCUACAUGACGAUUUGAGCCAAGCAUCUUUGUGGUUGAGCAAGGAAUCCGACAAGCACAGAACUCGACGAGGACGAACUCCCAAGGAACAUACUUCGUCACCCAUGAAAAGAAGAUGA